AUGACAAGUAUAUUUUUAUAUUAUGCUAAUAUUUGUGACUAUGUUAGAAUUGGUGUUUUAAUGAUUGCUGUUUUCUUUGUGCUUAAAGCCCCAAUUACAUUUAUUAUAUGUUAUAUUAUUUCAGCUUUAUGUGAUGCUGUUGAUGGUAAUUUAGCUAGAGCAUUUAAUCAAUGUUCUAGACUUGGAGCAGUAUUAGAUAUGAUUACUGAUAGAGCAGGAACAACAAUAUUAAUUACUGCAUUAGCUGUAUUAUAUCCAACAUAUGCCCCAAUUUGUUGUUUAAUUACAUUUAUUGAUAUUUGUUCACAUUGGACUCAUAUGUAUACUUCAUUAAUUAAAGGAGGUGAAAGUCAUAAAAUUUGUUCUAACCCAAUUUUACAUUGGUAUUAUACUCGUUCUGUGUUAUUUACUCUUUGUCUUUGUAAUGAAGCUACUUUUGUCAUGUGGUAUAUUAGAUUUUUCGCUCAAACUAAUGAAUAUAAAUGGAUUAUUGAAGGUACUCCAUUCUUAUGGUAUCUUCUUAAUACAUUAUUAAUAAUCUCAACCCCACUGUGCAUCUUAAAGAAUUUAAUUAAUAUCGUUCAAUGGUAUGAAGCUGCUAAAGAUCUUGUUGAUUGGGAGGUUCAACAAAAUAAAUCAAAUUAA